ACUCUAAAACCCGGGGCGGGAAAGAGGCGCGAGGAAGAUGACGUCAGGUGCUCACGCCGGAAGUGCCUGUGGUAGAGUGUUUGCUGGGACCCGGCGGCGAAAGAAGAAAUGGCCCCAGAGGAAUCCCAAUCCCUGCCGGGUUCUGAGGAGCAAGAAGACAAUUGGCAGCUACCUGCUAAGCAACUAUCUGAUAAUACAGACAACUACUUAAGGUAAAUGUUUCCAUAACCUUAUGGAGAGAAAGGACUUUGAAGCAUGGCUUGAUAAUAUUUCUGUUACGUUUCUCUCUCUGACGGACUUGCAGAAAAAUGAGUCGUUGGAUCACCUGAUUAGCUUGAGUGGGGCUAUCCAGCUCAGGCACCUCUCCAAUAACCUAGAGACCCUCCUCAAACGGGACUUCCUCAAACUCCUCCCGUUGGAACUCAGUUUUUAUUUGUUAAAAUGGCUUGACCCUCAGACCUUACUCACAUGCUGCCUCGUCUCUAAGCAAUGGAACAAGGUCAUAAGUGCCUGUAUGGAGGUGUGGCAGACUGCCUGUAGAAAACUGGGCUGGCAGAUUGAUGACUCUGUCCAAGAUGCUUUGCACUGGAAGAAGGUGUACUUGAAGGCCAUCUUAAGGAUGAAGCAACUAGAGGACCACAAAGCCUUUGAGACCUCCUCACUGAUUGGACACAGUGCCAGAGUGUACGCACUUUACUAUAAAGAUGGACUUCUUUGUACAGGUUCAGAUGACUUGUCUGCAAAGCUGUGGGAUGUGAGCACAGGGCAAUGCAUCUAUGGGAUCCAGACCCACACCUGUGCAGCAGUGAAGUUUGAUGAACAAAAGCUGGUCACAGGCUCCUUUGACAACACGGUAGCCUGCUGGGAGUGGAGCUCAGGAACUAAGACCCAGCACUUCAGAGGCCACACGGGGGCAGUUUUCAGUGUUGAUUACAAUGACGAGCUCGACAUCCUGGUCAGUGGCUCAGCGGAUUUCACUGUGAAGGUCUGGGCCUUAUCAACGGGAGUGUGUCUCAAUACACUAACAGGGCACACGGAAUGGGUCACAAAGGUGGUCUUGCAGAAGUGCAAAGUCAAAUCUCUCAUGCACAGCCCUGGGGAUUACAUCUUGUUAAGUGCAGAUAAAUACGAAAUCAAGAUCUGGCCCAUUGGGAGAGAGAUCAACUGCAAGUGCUUAAAAACCCUUACCGUCUCAGAAGACCGCAGCAUCUCCCUCCAGCCUCGGCUUCAUUUCGAUGGCAAAUACAUUGUCUGCAGUUCAGCUAUUGGGUUGUAUCAGUGGGACUUCGCCAGCUACGAUAUCCACAGGGUUAUCAAACCUCCUGAAUUUGCGAACUUGUCCUUGCUGGGCUUCGGCGACAUUUUUGCCCUCCUGUUUGAUAACCACUACCUGUACAUAAUGGACUUGAGGACAGAGAAACUGAUCAGCCGCUGGCCACUGCCGGAAUACAGAAAGUCAAAGAGGGGCUCGAGCUUCCUGGCCGGGGAAAUGGAUUGGCUGGACGGUUUGGAUGGUCAAAAUGACAUGGGCCUGGUCUUUGCCACCAGCAUGCCAGACCACAGUAUUCACCUGGUUUUGUGGAAGGAGCAUGGCUGAAGCAAACCAGCAGGACUACGUGACGAACAAAACCACACAAUUGGGCCAGCCAGCCAUGAGCCAGCCAGAGGAGACUGUGCAUGAACCAAAGCAGCUCACCUUAACAGAUAUCAUCAUGCAAUGCACAAUCAUUUUGCCUUCAUUUUUUCCCUCUCUGUCAUUUUCUGACAAUAGGCAGGGGAGUCGCAACCAGUUGCAGAGAAGAGGGGGUGUUUGUUUUCACUUUGUUUAAGCAUAAUGCAUCAUACAGCAUGCGACUAUCCCCCCACCUCUGGCUCAUGUAUUCUCAUACAUUUGAGCACAUUUUUAACUAUGAUUUUACUUUCCUUCUCUCCCACCCCCUUUUUUUUUGGAGAGGGGUGGAGGCAGAAGCGGGUUGGAAAUGUAUUCAUAAGAAAGGAUAUUAGACACAUCUCCUUCCCACACCCAUAUUUGUUUAUGAAAGGAAGAAAAAGAAAUGAGGGUGUUAAUCACAUACACACAUCUUAUUCACAGCCAGUGUGAAAGAUCUGAUGGCUCUGUAAAAGGGGACCAUGCUGGUCAAUUAAUUUCUUUAGGGCCGGUGUUACUUUUUUAUUUGCCAUGCAUGGAAGGGAUGAACACUUGAGCCUGGAGAACUUACAAGUGUAUGAAUGUGGGUAUUGAACCUGUGUGUGGUUUACUGGCUUCAACAUCCAGGAUUUCUGAAGUCAGGUAUUCACUUGGGACUGUGAUGGUGGUGUGGAGAAACUCGCAAACCUGAACUCCACCCUUGAUAUUAUAGAAACAAGCCAGCAAGAUCAAAAGCCAAAUGGCUGCCUUAGGAGGGAUGCUUUGUCUCAUAAGGCAAAUUCUUAGGUCAGGGAUAAAUUGAAUUGUGCAGGCUGAUGAGCUUUUGAUCAAAGGACAGCUCAUGUCAUUAGAGGUUCAAGCAGCUGAUAUACCUCUUUUUAACCCUCUUUUUAAAGAGCUCUUGAAGCCCUUGCUUCUAGUGAGAAAAAGCAAGGGUGUUAACAAGGCCAGUGAGUAGAUUGGAACAGCAGGCACAGCCACACUUUCCUCAAGAAGAGAGUGGGGAAAGAUUGGAAGGAAGUUUUAUAGCAGUGUGUGCCUGCAGUGCUCAUCAGAGGCAGCUACCUCCACAGGCAUUUUGAGGCUUCUUUUUCAAUGAUGACUCAUUUUAAAAGCUGUCAUUCUUUUAAUCGUUUUAUGGACAACAUGUUACCCACACUUAAAGGGCAAAACUGAGUUUGCUCCAGACCCUUACAAAUCCAUUGCAAAACAUAGCUGAAUUGAGUUUGGAACUUUGAAAGUGGAGGUAAGGGUAUGCAGCAGGGAUGUGGUGAUGGCCUUCCCAUCUUCCUGUGCUUCUCGGAAGGGAGCUGGGGCAGAGGUGGUAAGUCUUCCAGCACGUGCUAUAAAAGUUUACACAACAAUUUUAAUUAAAAAAAAAUCUGCCUGUUUUAA